AUGCCCCUCUUUAAAAAAAAGCCGAAGACUCCUCCUACGACUAAGUCUCCUGCGUUCCGAUCAGUCGAACAUCUCCCAUCUUCGGUCGUAUUCCCCGACGAUCUCGACCACCGCUUUUCCGUCUCCACCAACGAACCUGUACCGCCGCUGCCCGUUCAACAUCCAGCGCAUUCUUCGUUCGUUCAUCGUUCGCAAAGUCAACGUCGUCCCAACACCUUUGCGAACAAUUCAGUAGUCCCGCCCUCCUCCACUGCUGCGCCUCCGCGCAUUGUCGAUGCUGACCCUUCCGAUCAGACGUGGUCGCACCCCCCAGUUGAGAAACCUGAGGAGCAAGAACAUCCGCGACGGUCCAGACGGAACCUCUUCUCUUUGCACUCUGCCUCUUCACAGCCCCCCAGAGAAGCGACAGGCUUCUUGGAGCGCAGUCGCUCCGUGAGGAAAUCUUCUCCGGCCCCGCAAAGACACGAGCAGCGUCCCCUCUCGGUGGAUACAACUACCGACCCCCACCCCGCGUCCAGGUCCAGGGAGUAUGUGGUAGAUUCGACCCAAGACCCUUCAAAGUCACCCAUGCCGCAGGAACAAGUUCCGCACGAAUCUCGACCUCCUCGCUCGCCGCAGGCCCCGUCUAUCCACCGAUCGAACACUGACUCGACACUUCUCGAGAAUAUCUACCGCCCCUCCCCUGUUGAUCCCAAGCACCCGACCGAGUUAACGCCGGCCUCCGCUCAACAACACCAGCUGGGCCCUCGUCCUCCAUCGCGGCAAUCAUUAGGCCCUCCGUCGCCGCUGCCCCCGCCGUCCAGCCAACCAGACCCUUCUAUCACACAGAGUGCCAUGUCAGACCGCCCGUCCAGUGGCCAGCAGCACGGCCCAACGGCAACCCCGCCAUCAGGGGGUCAUGCGCCGUACCCACAGGGAAAUAAUACUCAAGAUGCCGGAGCGCGCAACAGUGCAGGCCCACAGGCGGAACCAGGCCGCAGCACGCCGACAUCUAAUCGCAAUCGCGACGAAGGGGAGAUUGACGUGCGGGCCCUGAUUCAGAAGCACGACGAACUUCAGGUGAAAUAUUCUAAGGUUAAACGGUAUUAUUUCGAGAAGGAGGCUCAGGUGCAGCAUUUGCAGAAUACCGUUGCCCACCAGCGCAUGGCCGUGUCGCGUACCGUGCUGGAUGACAACGAGUAUGCUAACCGGUUCGGCCGUCUAGACGGCGCCAUUAAGGACCUGGCAUUCGCGUUCCGAAAAGACUGGAAGAGUCUCCCGAGGUGGCUGGUUGGAUACGUAAAUGAUGAUGCGCACAUAACAGGUACGAAAGAGAUGACCGCGAUCGGUCGCGCGGUGGUCAGCCGGUGGCUCGUGGACGAGCUUUUCGAACGUUUUUUCCACCCGGCACUAGAACCCACCUUCAGUCGGCAGUUGAAAAGCAUUGAGAUGAACCUGCGCCGGCAGCAGGGCAAAAGCCUCACCGAUGAGGAUAAGGAGAAUGAAAUCGCUCGCAUUUCCAACUGGCGACGGACGACCCUGGACGGCCUCGCAGACGCGCUACAGGGCCCGGCUGCGGAUGAGUACCGGUCUCAACUGAUCGACUAUUUGGUGAAUAACCUGGUUGCGAAUCUCGUGUGCUAUCUGGGUGAUCCUCCGCCGCCAGGGUUGGACAACGGUGCGCGGAUGAUUGUGGAGAACGCCAUCGGUAUCGCGGACAAGAUUCCCUUGGAGUCCCGCGACCUAUGCGUUGAGUACAUCCAUCCCGGCACCCUUCUCCACGAGGCCAACAUGAAAGUCGAGGCCGGUCUGCCACCACUAGCCAACGUGAGCGCCGAAUCCGUCGCCGUGCGAAGAUCCGGUGACCACGAGCAUCCCGAAGGGCCGCCUGACGAAGCCGACGGAGAGUCAUCCGGGUCGACGAGUCAGGAGGGCACCCCGGGAGGGCCGCAUGGCGGACGCGAACAACGGAUGCGGUCCGUCUUCAGCACGCUAAUGGGACGGAGACCGAACCAAGGCUCUGCUCCGGGCCCUGGUGGCACCGGAGAUUCGCGCCCUCCCACGGCGAUGGAGGAACGGAACAGCUUGGGGGCCGGACGGAUUCGGUUUGCGUCGUUUGUAACCGCGGAGGUCAGAGGACGAGGUCCAAUGAAUGUGUUGGUCAAGGCGCCUGUAUAUCUGAUGGACUAA